CACGCACUUUGAUGGGGACGUGGACAUCCAGCAGGGAACAUGCCUGUGAUGAAGGGAUUACUUGCACCGCAGAACACCUUUCUGGACACCAUCGCCACGCGCUUUGAUGGCACGCACAGCAACUUCAUACUGGCCAACGCUCAGGUGUCCAAGGGCUUCCCCAUCGUCUACUGCUCCGAUGGCUUCUGCGAGCUCACGGGCUUCUCCAGGGCGGAGGUCAUGCAGAAGAGCUGCGCGUGCAAGUUCCUGUACGGCCCCGAGACCAGCGAAGGCAUCAUCCUCAGCAUCAACGAUGCCUUGGAGGGGCGCCAGGAGUUCAAGGACGAGAUCAUGUUUUAUAAAAAGACAGUGGUGCUCUUCUGGUGCCUGCUGGACAUUGUACCAAUUAAGAAUGAAAAGGGAGACGUGGUGCUGUUUCUGGCUUCAUUUAAGGACAUCACAGACAUUAAAGCCAAAGCCAUUCAAGAGGACAAGAAGGAAGAGCGGCGGCGUGGCAGGAUGAAGACCGGGUCUCCGUUCAGCUCGACUCGCAUGCGCAGCAGCACGGUGCUCUACCAUGUGUCUGGACACCUCCACAGCCGAGAGAAGAGCAAAAUCAAGCUCAACAAGAAUGUAUUUGGCGACCCUCCCGCCCUCCCAGAGUACAAGGUAGCAGACGCCAAAAAGUCCAAAUUCAUCCUGCUGCAUUACAGCACGUGCAAAGCCGGCUGGGACUGGCUAAUCCUGCUCGCCACUUUCUACGUGGCGGUCACCGUGCCGUACAACGUGUGCUUCAUCGGCGACGAUGACGACCUGACUCGCAGCACCACCGUCAGCGACAUCGCCGUGGAGAUUCUCUUCAUUUUGGAUAUUAUUUUCAAUUUCCGCACCACUUAUGUCAGCAAGUCAGGUCAGGUGAUCUUUGACGCGCGGCAGAUUUGCAUUCACUACCUGACCACCUGGUUCAUCAUCGACCUGGUGGCUGCAUUGCCCUUUGACCUGCUUUACGCCUUUAAAGUCAGCGUGGUGUCUGUAGUGCACUUGUUAAAAACAGUGCGCCUGCUGCGCUUGCUACGCCUCCUGCAGAAAAUGGACCGCUACUCGCAUCACAGCACCGUGGUUCUGACCCUGCUAAUGUCCAUGUUUGCCCUGCUGGCCCACUGGAUGGCCUGCAUCUGGUACAUCAUCGGCAAGAUGGAGAUGGAGGCCAACGCCUACAACUGGGACAUUGGCUGGCUGCACGAGUUGGCUAAGCGCCUGGAGUCGCCGUACUUCGCCAUCGAAAACGUGAACAGCACCGCCAGCGGCCCUUCCAUCCGCAGCAUUUACGUGGCCUCGCUAUACUUUACCCUCAGCAGCCUCACCAGCGUGGGCUUCGGAAACGUGUCGGCCAACACUGACGCUGAGAAGAUCUUUUCCAUUUGCGUCAUGCUCGUAGGAGCACUGAUGCAUGCCUUGGUCUUUGGCAAUGUAACAGCCAUAAUCCAGAGGAUGUACUCCCGCUGGUCCCAGUACCACACCAGGACCAAAGACCUGAAGGACUUUAUCCGUGUCCAUCACCUGCCGCACAGCCUGAAGCAGCGAAUGUUGGAGUAUUUUCAGACAACCUGGUCAGUCAACAACGGCAUCGACUGUAAUGAGCUGCUGAAGGACUUUCCGGAUGAGCUGCGCUCGGACAUCACCAUGCACCUGAACAAGGAGAUCCUGGAGCUGUCUCUCUUUGCCUCAGCCAGCCGGGGUUGCCUGAGAUCGCUGUCGCUGCACAUCAAGACGACCUUCUGCGCUCCUGGAGAGUACCUCCUCCGAGAGGGAGACGCUCUGCAGGCCAUCUUCUUCGUGUGCUCUGGAAGCAUGGAGGUCCUGAAGGACGGCAUGGUUUUGGCCAUACUUGGUAAAGGGGAUCUGAUCGGAGCGAACCUGUCCUUAGACGACCGAGUGAUAAAAACCAACGCGGACGUGAAAGCUCUCACCUACUGUGACCUGCAGUGUAUUCAUCUGAAGGGUCUUUACGAGGUGCUGGACCUUUACCCGGAGUACUCGCAACACUUUGUCCAGGACAUCCAGCAAGAUCUCACAUACAACCUGAGGGAGGGACAAGAGACGCACGUGAAGGCCAGACUGUCCACAUUAACUGGAGACCCUCAGUCAGGUGUGAAGAGAAACGGCCGCCUUUUUCAGGGCUAUGCUCCUCUUGCCGAGGCCCAGAGGGAGCAAGGCAAGGACAAGCGGGAGGAUGAUGAUUGUCUAUCGUCGGAGCAGAACCGAGUGCCGAACCUCAGGGGCACCGGCGGGUCGUCUCCGGCGGGCGGAGGAAGCAGCGGUCGGAGCUCUGAGAGGUCUCGGAGGACGAGCAAGGAUAUUACGUUCCUCACUUUGGACCCUGCCAACCUGAGCCCCAGGAUGGCGGACAGCACAGAGGACAGCGAGGGCGUCUCUUCCAGCCGCGGUUGCCGUGACGACGACCCCAAGAGUGCCUGGGCAUCCGGCACAGACACGCCACACAUCAGCCUGGCGCAGUUUGCGGCGAAAGCAGACGAGACGAGAGGACAGCUGCGACAUCUUAACCAGCAGGUGUUCCACCUGGGCAGGGAAGUUUCAGACCUGGGCCAGAUGAUGAAGAGGAUGUCCCAGCUCAUGGAGACGCUGAUGUCAACCGGAGCCCAGGCGGGACUGGUGUGCUCCCCGGGUCACCACAUGUUCCAGCCGCACACUUCAUGUCUUCCUUCCCCGCCCUUGUCUCAGACUGCCUCCAUCUGGACGGACACGCCCACGUCCCUGCCGCCGCCCUGGCGGGGCGGACCCCGGGACUUUCUCUAUCCUUCUCCCGUCACCGCGGCAGAAGCCGGCCUGACGUCCUCGCCCCUCAGCUCGCCCGAGAUGUGUCGACAAGACCAGGACGGGCUUUCUACCUCCAUCAGGUCAAGGGCAUGCGGUCCACCUCUGCGGGACGGAGGGUAUGCAAGACUUCAUGGACGCUCUGGGUGCUCGCUUGAGUCUGGACCUUUGGAGAACUUCCAGAAACAAGCCAAGACUUUGUAGCAUUUAUUUUUUGUCCCACGCUCCUUUUUGGGGGAAUGACCUCAUCGUUGGAGGAUAUG